UGCUUAAAAUGUCUUUUACGAGUUCGUAGUGAUGGUGGCUGGCUUCCUCGCAAACGAAGCGUCGUAAAUUACUACAAAUUUUUAAAUAUUAAUAUAAUUUUGGUCGUCGUACGAUCAUAACAAUAGUGACAUAAGUGCUCGAGAAGUUUUACAACUAUACGCGAUGAGUUCCAGUGUAUGUUAUAAGUGCAAUCGGACCGGGCACUUCGCCCGCGAGUGCACGCAGGGCGGCGUGGCUACGCGCGACGCGGGCUUCAGCCGCCAGCGGGAGAAGUGCUUCAAAUGCAACCGCACCGGUCACUUCGCAAGGGAUUGCAAGGAGGAGGCCGAUCGUUGCUACAGAUGUAACGGCACAGGACACAUAGCACGCGAAUGCGCUCAGAGCCCUGAUGAGCCUUCGUGUUAUAACUGUAACAAGACGGGGCACAUCGCGCGAAACUGCCCGGAGGGCGGGCGUGACAACUCCAGUCAGACCUGCUACAAUUGUAACAAGGCCGGGCACAUCUCGCGCAACUGCCCGGACGGCACCAAGACGUGCUACGAGUGCGGCAAGCCGGGCCACAUCUCGCGCGACUGCAACGAGGCCGAGCGGAACUAACACACGCCUCGGCGCAAACACUAUAUAUAACUAUGUAUAUUAUGAUGCCACGCACGGACGAUAAGCAAAGGACGCGAUACGCGACACGCGACACUAGAAACGUAAGACCACACGACUGUAUGAAAUUACGCAACGGAAUUAUAAAUCAGAUGCAGCAGGCAGCAGCGGUACCCUAGACGCAGACUGAGGAGUAUGGUUUAAAUGUUGACUUGUAUAUAGGUCUCCCCGCCGUAGCGGCCGCGCGGGCUGCGCUCGCUAUAGGUUAAUGUUUGUUCUUGCACGGUGAACAAGUUAUUGUGUUUUUAAAUCAUUUAAUAAUCGUGAUUGAACUAUUGAAGAGGUAGCGUUACAGUUUUAGCAUUACAGAGUAUAUAUUUAAUAUAUUUUGUACAGAUUUUUUUGUCAAAAGAUAAAUUGGAUGCUGGCGUACCAUGAGUUUUCAAUGGAAGAGUGAAGGCCCUGGAGGAACCCGACCCCUACUGGACUCUCUUGUUCGUCUUAUCUAAUUAUAUGUUAUACAGUAAAUGUAGUACUUACGCGAUUGUACACCGUUCCGGUCACACGAGUCUCAUACUUAGCAUAUCACUGAUUGUGAUUAUUUAUUUUUUAUUGAUCAAUUCCUUUGUUUAUGAGGUCCUGCUAUCUUGUGGAGAAUUCAGUAAUUAAUUAGAAUUUCACCAAUCAGAAUAUUUUUUAUUUUGUUAUCCCUGUUGAUGUGCCUGUAUUUCAUGAUACUUUCUAUGUAAUGAGUUUACUCGGCUUCUAUGGGAGAUAAUAAAAUCUUGCCUUAUUA